GAGAGAGAGAGAGAGAGAGAGAGAGAGAGCGAACGCACAUGAGCGCACAACCACUGGAAUCAAGCAGAAUAUGAGAAGGAGACGGACAGAAUCAGAUGGAGAAAGAGAGAGAGAGAGAAAGGACACAGAGGCUCGGACGGAUGAAACAGAUGCUCCAGCUUGAUCUCUUCAGCAUCAUGAGGACAAUACUGAACAACCUGCACACCAGACUGACAUAGCAGCACAUUCCUCCUCAUUCACAUCAAGCUGGACCAGUCUCAUCAUCUCCAUCACCCAGGUCUUAGUAAUACCUGGAGCAAAGGAACACCAGCAAGACAAAGAAAACUAAACGUGUUAGACCUCCAACACUCCAUCUAUCCUUUUGAUGGUACGAUAGAACUGUGGAUGAACUAAUCUUGAUUCGACAAUAUGCUCUGGAUCACAUUCUCCACCAUGAGGCUGUUCUUCACGCAGGAGCACAGGGAGAGUAACGCAGUAAUACUUUGAUUCACAGACUCAAUUUGUUUUUAAUGAGCUGGAAUGCCUUUCCCCUGCCAAGAUAAAGAAGUUGAAUGAUGCUCAGUGAGCCAUGCCCUUCAACACCUGCACACUCUCAUAGACCAGCACAGGUUUGCCUAGGAAUCCAAGAGGAAUGCUCAUACUUAAAAUUCUGCACAUGCUACCAUUUAGCCUUCAGAUUUCAUUUUUUUUCUUCUGCGUAUUACUUCUGAAGCCAAAUCUUGUUGAAGUUAAAAUGAGAUGAGAUGUGUUUGAGGCUGUAGGGUUGGUCUCAAGGACCUGCUAAGUGGCGAAAUAUAUUUAAGGAGGAUGUCACAAGUCUUGGGUUGAUCUGCAGACUGGUAAAACUGAGAACACCUACAGACAAAAACAAGACUUCAGGAUGUCUGACUUCACGAAAGGUCAUUGAUUGUAAAUUUGGAAAUCAUAAACCGAAAAUCCUAAAAAAAUUGCAAAAUGGCCGAACUUGCUGGAUACAAUGGCAACGAGAGCUUCAUGCUUGCAACCGAUCUGCCUUUCAACUCUACCGGUGACUACGAGUAUUAUGAAUCUGAACCUGACGCCAGCAAAAUCAUCAUCCCCUCCAUCUAUGCACUGGUUUGUUGCAUCGGCGUCACAGGAAACGCAAUGGUCAUCUACGUCAUCCUCAAAUACGCCAAAAUGAAGACGGCCACCAACAUCUACAUUCUUAAUCUAGCCAUAGCGGAUGAACUCUUCAUGCUGAGCGUCCCGUUCCUGGCAACUUCAGCCGCAGUGCACCACUGGCCGUUCGGUUCACUUAUGUGUCGCUUGGUUCUCAGCGUGGACGGCAUUAACAUGUUCACCAGCAUCUUCUGCCUGACCGUGUUGAGUGUGGAUCGCUAUAUCGCUGUCGUGCACCCAAUCAAAGCGGCUCGCUACCGACGCCCUACAGUUGCAAAAGUGGUCAACGUUUGCGUUUGGGGACUGUCGUUGCUUGUAAUCCUACCCAUUAUUAUCUUCGCAGACACCGUCCCUGCGCAGGAUGGAGGGGUGGACUGCAAUUUCAUGUGGCCUGAGUCUUCGUGGUCCGAAGCGUUCGUGGUUUAUACGUUCCUACUAGGGUUUUUGCUCCCCGUUGGAGCCAUUUGUUUGUGCUACUGCUUGAUCGUGGUACGCAUGCGGGCCGUGGGUUUGAAAGCAGGCUGGUUGCAGAGGCGACGCUCUGAGAAGAAGAUCACACGCAUGGUGCUGCUGGUGGUCGCUGUUUUUGUGCUCUGCUGGAUGCCGUUUUACAUCGUGCAGUUGAUAAGUGUGUUUCGCAAGCCACCGGACCCCAUGGUGACUCAGCUCUUUGUUAUUCUGAGCUAUGCCAACAGCGGCGCCAACCCCAUUCUCUAUGGGUUUGUGUCAGACAACUUCCGCCGCUCAUUCCAGCGCAUCAUAUGCUUUCGCUGGCUGGAGAAUGGACUGGAUGCCGAGCAGGUGGACUACUGUGCUGUGGCCCUUCGCCGGCAGACCACAUGCGGCCAACAGGACUUUCCCAAAGAGUGCUUGGCUUCUGAUAUGGUGUUUCGUAAUGGAACCUGCACAUCUCGUACCACCACUCUGUGAGAGGGUAUUCGGUGAGAGAGUUUAAAGAGAUAGAUUAUCCAAAAAUGCAUAUUCUGUCUAUUACUUCUGAAGUGGACUGACUUUCUUAGGAGGUAUGUUGGGAGGACAAUACAGUGAAAAAAAAAAGAUUUUCGUUAAAUCGUCGCAAACAAUUUAUA